UGGGAUUCCACAUUUACUAUAUCCUCUCCAUACUUAAUAAUGAUUCUUUCAGGUCUUGGUUACCAAGCAGCACUGACUCUUGCCUCCAGAGGAUGUAGACUCAUCAUCGCAGAUAAGGUUGAUGCCACUGAAACCAGAGAGAAAAUCAUUAAGGAAACUAAGAAUCCUAAUGUGGUUGUCAAACACCUCGAUUUGGGUUCCUUCGAAUCCGUCAGGAAAUUCGCGAAGGAAAUCAUCGAGACCGAACCGCGUUUACAUGUCCUAAUAAACAACGCAGGAAUAGGAACGACAGAGUUGAAAUACACUGAGGAUGGUCUCCAAAAAACGAUGCAAGUGAAUUAUUUCGGGCAUUUUCUGCUCACACAUCUUUUGAUAGACCUCUUGAAGAAAUCAGGUCCAAGCCGAAUAAUCUUCACAAGUUCCUGCGGAGCGUAUUGGACCAGAAUGGAAAUUGAAGAUUUGAAUCCUUCCAAGGAUAUCCGCCACGUUUUCCAGACCUAUAACAACUCCAAACUGUGUCAAGCUAUCGCUGCUAAGGGUUUUGCUGAGAAGUUGGCUGGCACAGAUGUAACUGCAUACUCGCUCCAUCCGGGAGUGGUUAGAUCCACGUUGUUCUGGAAGGCUCUUCAUGAGGAAAAAACCGUCUGGUCGGUCAUGUUGAUUUUGCUGACAGUUAUAUAUGGAAAGAGUACUGAGGAAGGAGCCCAAACAAUGAUUCACCUUGCUACUGAUGAAGGAGUUACAGAAGACAAGGGAAAGCUGUUCUUGGACUGCCGUAAAUUUUUUUAUCCCUUCCAAAUGUAUGACGACAAAUUUUGUAAAGAUGUCUGGGAGAAAUCGAUACAGUUGUGCAAGAUGACCUCCAAGGAAAGUGAGAUUUGAUAAGUUGGAGUGCAUGAGAGACAUGGUAUAUGUCUUAGGUCGUAGCAAUGAAUAGUAACGAUAAAAAGGAGAGGGUUAUUAUGCAGUCUUGUGUUGAUACUAUGUUGUAGAACAGAAAUCAAAAGGAUUUUUUUAUUAA